ACCUUGAGCAGCUUUUUGCUUUUGUUUUGGUUUUGUUUGUCUUCUUGCGCUGAUCGGUGAUAAGCAUAAUUUGUAAAGUACCAAUUUAAAAUAAGAGAUUCAGCCGCAUAGAAAUCACCUGAAUCAUGGCAGGAAUUAAAGGCUUGUCACUCUUGCUUUCUUGGGUUCCAUUGGAAUGACAAUGGUGAUUCUUGGCUGCGCUUUACCAAGUUAUAAAUCAUGGUGGCCGUUUGUUGUGGUAGUUUUUUACAUCCUUGCACCUCUUCCAACAAUGUUCACGAAAAGUUACAACGAUCGAACGGGUGCCGGUGUCAACAUGGACUUGGCUAUAUUCAUCACCAUGGGUUUCGUAGUUUCCUCAUUUGCACUGCCAAUCGUCUUGGCUAGAGCCCCUGUCGCUCAUCCUGUGAUCAAAUGGGGUGCUUGCAAUUUAACUCUGUGCGGAAAUAUCAUCGUUUACCUGACCUACAUUGGAUACUUCGUUACCCUGUACCAAGAGGACAGCAACUAUGGGCUUCGAUUUUAAGGGAUUCGUUUUCAGCAUAUUUGAUUGGAUGGCCAAGAUGCUCCCUAUCUGUAAAAAAUUAACAACACAAUUUUUAGUGCUACUGCAGCCUAAUUUUCCACAAUUUUGUUUGGCGUUCAACUCAUUUUCAUCAUUGUUGUAGUGACGUUCUCGUAUGAGUUUCAAAUUCCAUGCAUCUAUAAAACGUACGUAAAGAAAUAAUGCCAGUGAAAAAAGGCUGUGUUCUUGCUAUCUUCAGGUAAUCUGAAUGUAAUUAAAUUUCUUUUUGAGUCCAGGGUGCGUUUUUAUCUUUUAUACUUUUCAUACUGUAAUGUAAGUAAGGAAAACAUUUUGAUAGUGGCUAUAUCUGUCUCUAGCUGCUCCAUAUGUAGUAUGUAGCUACUAUAAUGUAAGUUCUCCUGACUCCUACACUUCUUGUAACAUUUUUACAUCAUCCCCAAUUGCAAACAAAUAUAGAACUGUCAGUACUCUUAGAAAUCGUGGCAGAUAAUUUGCCAAUUGUUUACUUUUGACUGUCCUGCGCAGUAGACCAAUUUACAUCCCCACGCACUGUGGCAACAUUGGCAGCAGUCAACCUUGACGGCUAUUGGACGACAGCAAAGCAGUCGCAUGCAAAGAAAAAGUAAAAAACUACAAACUUGUCCUGCGUGAGUUUUACAACUUGAGAUCACAUUCUAAGUUCAUUUUCACUGCUGCUUCAAAGGUUUGCCCUCCUAAUUUUGAUGUUUAUUAUCAUCAUUAGCAUCCCUCCCUCUCCUUCCUAUUGAUAUAUCAAACUCAUCAGAAUAAUCCUUCUUCUUUCAAUUGUCCCCUCAAAACUUUAAUCUCACCUCCUGUAUGUGGGUUGCAUCUUCAUUUUCAUGCUUUGCAAAUUUUGCUCUUCACCUCACCUCUGUAUGUUUUUGUUAUUAUUGUGCUAAACUGUUAACGAAAGGGUACAUUUAAAGGAAGAUUGUGGUAGAGGAUUCAUUUGUAUAAGUUUCAAAUUUUUGUAGGAAAAAUCGUAUUCUCUUUAUCUAUUUGCUAGUUUAAGAGUGUGCAGCUGAUGGAGCUUUUUAGGAAAUGAGGCCUGGAAGUCCAUAGGUAUUCUAUAUUUGGUAUGCAUUCCUGUACACAGCUAACAACAUUAAUUAUCGAACAUAAAGCCUUCAUGUAUGAAUCUAUUUCUAAAAAAAUGCCCAAGUCUUGGAAUUACAACCAGCUCAAUCUCCAAAUUGGCACUAAUCCUGUCUAUUUUCCAAUUUUUUAGAAGUCAAUUUAGGCAUUGAGGUUUUUUUUACUGAUGUUUUUUACUAAUUUCAAUGUAUAAAGUCAAGUUAGCUUUAAGUCUGAUUCUGAACUUUUGUUUCCUUUAAAGGAAAAAUUACAUAAUUUUUUUAAAAAUGUUUUGGCUUGAAGCACUGUUUUUGACAGUUUACAUAUUUUCUAAUUAUUCUUCAAUUCUCUGCAAUCUGAUUCAGAAUUUAAUAUUGCCACUGGUUACAUUACUGGUAUUCAACCAAUUAUGAAUUGUUAAGGAAAGAUUUGUAUUUUGACUGUCGAAUCUAGCGAGGAGAAGAAGAAGAAGAAGAAAACACAGAACAAAACCAAACAAAAAUACAAUAUAAUCUUUUAUAAUUACAAAAGGUAUUCAACAUUUUAGUGUGGUCGACUGCUUCUGCGAAUCUGUGUUAGCGUGUAUUUUUUCAACUCAAUUCUGUAAAUCAGGAAUCAGCUGGAUCAAACAGACGAAAGUUUCUCUUUGAAUAACAUUGAUGGAUUUAUCCUUGUUUUCAGAACAGUAAUUUUGUAUCAUCAAUGUCAUAAAAAAACUACUUUUUGUCUAAUCAUGGCACUAGAAAUGUGAGGUAAUUAUUUUUAAGCUAUGAUAGGCUAUGCUGAUUCAAUCUAGGGAUUAAAUAUGAAAUUAUCAAGGUUUCAAGAGAAACUUUCAAUGAAGGUAAUUAAAUCGGUCUUCUAAAUAUUCGACUGGUUCUGUGAGCUGAAGAGCAUGUUAAGAGCACACUAAGGAAGUUAAUUUAGAUGAGAAAAAGUAAUUGAGGAUCAUUAAAAUGAAGCAUCAUGACCCUGUAAACUUAAGGUGAUUAAUUUUGUUUAUUUUUCUCGUUCAACUUAUAAUUAGUUUUACAUGAUAUUCUGUAAAUUCCAAAAUUUUAGAACGUGCUUUCUAGUUUGAUUCAACAGUUGCGUUCUGGUACUUAUCUCUUCACAUAUUUGCUCUCUCUUGAUAAUGUUUAAGGUGAUGAAACCCAGUUUAAAAGUAGAUUUAAAUUGAAAUUGACUUAAGAGGAGCUGCCAUUUUGUGCCUUGGCAAUCAGGAAGAGACUUUGUAGUUAAUAAGCAAUCGAUUAUUAAUUAUUAUAAAAAAUGGCUGUUCUGCCAAUACCAAAAAUAAAGUAAGAAGAAUAUUGAGUAAACAUCAGAAUGUCUCAAAAUUUCCUCUGAUAAAAUGACAAAUGAUGCAUUUUCCAGGUGGCUUGUGUAGUUUUUUUAUGUAUUUUUUUUAAAUCUUCAUUUUAAUAAUCUAGUGUUCUUGAAAAUUUCAAAGGAAAACACUUAUUACAUUACCUCAAAGUAAAUAUUAAAACAGAGGAAAUUUGACAACUCAUAAAGGCACCUAGAGCAGCACCCUCUUCCUAAGCACAACAGUAUGAUCACUAAUCAGUCAACACAUAUUCGGAGUGGCAGAGUUUUUUUUCUUUUUGUAUUUCUCCCUCUUAUUUGUCUCUAAUGUUGAUUUACACAUCUCACCCCUUUUGUUAGUUUAUUUUACCUAGGAAAAUGUAAAUAACUUAACAAAAGUUCCGAAAGGACGUAGAACAUGUUCACAAUCACCUAAUUUUAUGCUCUAAACACCCAUGAAUGUUAUUAUCCUUAUUUAUGUUAUUUGUUGACCGCUUUCCCUUCUUAGUUGAACAAAUUUAGUAUCUUUACAGUCUUCAUUAUUUAAAAUAAAAUGAAGCAAAAAUCAAUCAAACAAAUCAUCGAAAGAAUACUGCUGCGCUGACAAAUGAGCUUUUAGAUUAUGUCAUAUUUUCCUCGAUAAAAGACGAAUUUACAAGGAAAAUUGUGAAUAUUUUUUUUCAAAUUUUUCGGACAAUCGUUUUCGCAAUUUAAUUCAAAAUGUCUGAAAAUUUCAAGAAAAAUAUGCAUAACUUUCCUAAAAAAUGCAUGUUUUAUCUGGGAAACUUUGGCAACUCUCAAAUUCUCAUACACCGUUUCUCCUUAGCACGGCAGAAUAAAUUGUCACUGUAACCAGAGCAGUCCUAGGCUUCAUCUGUCUGUUGUUUUAUUUAUAUAUUACAUUUAAACCAACUCAAUUUAAACUAUUAAUAUAAUAAGGACUAAUAAAGGAACCUUGAUGCUCAUAUUUGUUUUAUUUUACUUACAUAUAGUACAUGCAGAGGUGAUAGGAGCCGAAGCUUUUCGAACGUCUAGCGUUCAUCAUCAGGGGCUAGUACAUACAUAGUAACAGCAAAAGAACAAAAAAACAAACAACAAGCACUAAUAAACUACAUCGUGCAUAAAACAAAUAUGAGCAUCAAGGUUCAUUUAUUAGUCCUUAUUAUAUUAUUUAUAGAUGCUACUCCAAUCAUGUUUAAUUACUCAAUUUAAACUCUUUGCCUGACUUACCUGAACUGAUCUCAAUUUAAGUUCGAUCAGAAAUAAUUCUAGAUGUUUUUUCUCUCCUUUCCUUUUUUUGAAAACAAUAAGUGAAUGGGGUUGAAGGAUGCACAGUAUGUCUAAAGAGUGCUCCAUCUAAAUGUGAGUCCCUAAAUCUUUUGUCUUUUGUAUGUAUUAUUUUCUUUUUGCCCCUGUAAAUAUUUUAUUUAUUGAAUAAAGUUUGUACAUUUCAUCAACCCA